CGCUGCCGCCAUUUUGCAGGGACCGGUGGGGAGGGAGAGAAGAGAGAGAGAGAGGGGAGAGAGAGAGAGAGAGAGCGCGCUCGCAGCCGCGGUUCUGUCGGUUGGCUCGGUCGCUCGCUCGGUUCUCAGGCGCUUUCCUUUUUUUUUCCUCCCCCCCCUUCCCUCCACCUCCUCCCCCCCCCCAAUUCCCCACAUCACACUCUCUGUCUGUCUCGCUUUCUUUCUUUCUUUUUUUCUUUCUUUCUCUCUCUCUCUCUCGCCCGCCCGCCCGCCCUCCCGGCCUCGCACCUUCCUCUCACCAUGAACAUCUUUCGGCUGAGCGGAGACCUCUCGCACUUGGUGGCCAUCAUCAUCCUCCUGCUGAAGAUAUGGAAAACCAGGUCGUGCGCAGGCAUCUCUGGCAAGAGUCAGAUCCUUUUUGCAUUGGUCUUCACCACUCGAUACCUGGACCUAUUCACCAUUUUCAUCUCCCUCUAUAACAGUUCCAUGAAGAUUAUCUACAUUGGUUGUGCCUAUGCUACUGUGUAUUUGAUCUACAUGAAGUUUAAGGCCACCUAUGAUGGAAACCACGACACGUUCCGUGUGGAGUUUCUGGUUGUUCCUGUGGGUGGAUUAUCUUUCUUGGUCAACCAUGACUUUUCUCCACUGGAGAUCCUGUGGACAUUCUCUAUUUACUUAGAAUCGGUUGCAAUCCUGCCACAGCUAUUCAUGAUUAGUAAGACUGGUGAAGCGGAGACCAUCACCACUCAUUACCUCUUCUUCCUUGGCCUGUACCGCGCCCUGUACCUUGUCAACUGGUUCUGGCGCUACUACUUUGAGGGUUUCUUUGAUCUCAUCGCUAUUGUAGCUGGAGUGGUUCAGACUAUUCUUUACUGCGACUUUUUCUACUUGUAUGUUACAAAAGUUCUCAAAGGAAAGAAGCUGAGUUUACCAGCUUAAGUGCCAAAGAUCACCUGAACUUGUGUCCUUGGUCAUCUCUAGACAGAGGAAGCAUUACCACAGCAACAGAAAACUUACCAAGAGUGUAAGAUGCCUGAGACAGAGAGCAAGGGAUUACACUUAAGAAUUGCAUUUUAAAUUUAAUGUCAACAGCUCUUCUGUAGUAUACAAUGGAUCACACCCAUCAGUUUUCUGUUUUCUGCAUCUUGUCUUACCUUUUUAUUACAAUGUAAAAAUAUAUUUUCUACAAAGAAAUAUAUGCUAAAAGGAUGAAUUACUUGCACCAGUUUACAAAAACACACUGUGGAAGCUUAGAUUGGAAUAGCUGAAUGUGUUUCUGUUAAACUGUUGACCAGGAAUAAGAUUAUUUUGGACAAAAUUAUUAUCCCAAUUAAUUUGCAGCAUGGUACCUGGCAGACAAAAUUGUUGUCAGUAAUGUGUUUUUUUUAAGUCCACUUUACUGUAUUUAUUUGAAUUUUCCAAAUUGAAACCAUGAUUUUUUUUCCCUAUUUUGAAACACUACGUAUGUAUGUCUCUGAGGCUGAUGUAAUGAAAUAUGCCAUGUCAUUUCCACCGACAGGUUUCCUUUAUUCAGGCAGUGGUCAAACCACCUUCAGAUAGAAUCCAUCUGUUCUACCUUUAAGGACAAAUGUUCAUAAAUGAGCAUAGAAAAAGAGGAGUAAACAUCACAGAAACCUACCUAUGUUAGAUGUGCAUAUUACUAACUGAAAAGUGGAUUGCAAAGUGUCAUGUAUUCAAGGGGGACCAUAUGACUUGAUCUCAGAUUUUUUUAUUGAACAAAUAAAUCACUUUCAGAAUCGUUGGCCUCAGCUACCACUCUUCAUAUCCUUUUGAAACAUUAGGAGGUUUAUCUUGUAGGUUUUUUUUACUGAGCUGUUGCAUGAUUAUCUUGUGAUACUGCCCCCAAAUAAACAUUUUAUGGAAAAA